UAGGAAGUAGCGGGAAGUAGUGAUAGCCAGGCAGGUUAGGGACGGCAGAUCAUGUACUGUAGUGUCUAGUUACAAGCAGGUAUCGUAUAUGUUGAAUCUGUUAAUUAAGUGACGCCUACGAUCUGCACUAUUUUAGUGUCUGUUACCUGUGAGCCAAAGACGAGGCACAAGAGAAGACACAUUGGAAAUGCAUGUCACAAGGAACAUUAAUCUCAGGCAGGUGGCCAAUGGGAGAACGUUAUACGAAUGGACCAAUGGGGUUGACGAUGUUGCGGCGUCGGCGCCUAUGGGUAAUGGAACACAUGAGAGAGGGGGUAAAAUAUUUUGGAAGGGAGUUCGGACGCCGGGCAUCGCACGGGGGUUGAUGAAACCAGCUUGGCCUCCUCUUGACGUACCCCGGAGUGGUACGGUCAGCCUUAAGUGCGUCUGCUAGAAACAGAUGGCGUGUCUUGACCAUCCAGCACCCAUGUCGGUGUGAAGACACAAAAUGGCCGACCGUGCAGAACGUCUCAACUGAGAUUGCCGUUGCUUAGCAGCAGCAGUCCGUGUACCCAUUGCUGUAACUCAACCAUCCGUCAGCAUGCCGGGCUUCGGAGCUUUGGGCGCUAUUCGCACCAAGGCGACCAGCGUCUUCUCUGGUAAUAUCCGCUAUGAGGAAUUCGAAAUGCCCUCGAAGCUCGGUUACAGCAAAUCUGAAGAUGAGAAGGGCUUCGUCGGGGGCGAGGGGGAACUGGGCACGCCGGAGUCCCUGCCGGAGCCGGAGAGACCGCCAUUAAGACACAUCGACAAGUACGUCCGGCCGGAAUGUCCGUGCCUGAGUAAGCGUUACACCGUGGCAGUUCUCACGUGUGUAGGUUUCAUUAUCUCUUUCGGCAUGAGGUGCAACAUGGGAAUGGCAAAGCUGCAACACGGCAAUAAGACAGGUGUCUUUAACUGGACAGUUGGCGUAGAGAGUGCUGUUGAUUCAUCUUUCUUCUGGGGAUAUCUUGUUACUCAAGUUCCUGGUGGAUUUCUGGCCUCCAUGUAUCCUGCCAACAGGAUAUUUGGAACCGCCAUUGCAAUAUCUUCCUUCCUGAACUUACUGGUUCCUGGGGCAACGACGCUGAGCCCAACCCUCGUCAUUAUUGUCAGGAUCUGCCAGGGUUUUGUGGAGGGUGUGACGUAUCCAGCCUGUCACGGCAUCUGGAGGUUCUGGGCUCCCCCUUUGGAGAGGUCCCGUCUCGCCACCCUCGCCUUCUGUGGUUCCUACGCCGGUGUCGUGCUGGGAAUGCCCCUGUCUGGUCUCCUCACGGGAGGAAUAAGCUGGGAAGCGCCAUUCUACUUCUAUGGCGUAGCGGGCCUCAUCUGGUACAUGUUGUGGCUGUGGUUAUCCUUCGAGAGGCCAUCGAAACAUCCGACCAUCAGCGCCAGAGAACUGAUGUACAUAGAGCAGUCCCUGGGACAGUCUGCGCAAGUCGCUAUGCCCACAGUAGCAACCACUCCAUGGCGUUCCUUCUUCACCUCCAUGCCUGUCUACGCCAUCAUAGUUGCCAACUUCUGUCGUUCCUGGAACUUCUACCUCCUGGUCCUCUUCCAGGCCCAGUAUCUUCACACCACUUUCAAUUUCGAGAUAGAAGAGACUGGCUUUGUCGGAGCGCUUCCUCACCUUCUGAUGACGGUGAUCGUACCCCUGGGAGGGCUGCUAGCGGACCACGUACGUAAGAAGGGAAUUCUCACUACCACGAACGUACGCAAAGUGUUUAACUGCGGUGGUUUCGGCAUGGAGGCGCUGUUCUUCCUCGUGGUGGCUUACGCACGAUCGGCGAUAACUGCCACCGCCGCUUUGACUAUGGGCGUCGCCUUCAGCGGUUUCGCCAUAUCUGGUUUCAAUGUAAACCACUUGGACAUAGCACCUCGCUACGCUAGCAUAUUAAUGGGCAUGUCUAAUGGGAUUGGAACCAUAGCAGGUCUCAUCUGCCCCAUAGCAAUUGAUAACAUCACAGAAGACAACACCCCAGAGAGCUGGAAGACAGUCUUUAUCAUGGCCGCCACUGUACACUUCAUCGGUGUGACGUUCUAUGGAGUGUUCGCUUCAGGUGAACUUCAACCUUGGGCAGAGCCAGCUACCGAGGAAAAGAAGAAAGUCUGGAAUCCACUUGAAGACUCUUUCCAAGCAGAACCGCCAAAGCCUUCGGAAGGAGGUCAGGGGCAACAAACACAGCUAAACAGCCACGCGCCCUCCUAUGGAUCGGUUGAACAAACCUCAGUAGCCGAACAACAACCUCCGGUGUACCCAUCAACCAAUCCCUUCAUAAACCAUGCAGAACAGCAACCUAUGAACCCGUUUAUAAAUCAUAUAGAAGCAGUUCAACCUGAAACAAAAGACGCCUACUACAAAUAUGGCGCAGUGGAUGAUGGUGCGUACUGAGUGAGUGUAGCGGAGUGUAGUUAUUCGAUUCAUCGAGAUGGAAUAAUCGAUUAAUACUGUAGUCAAUAUGUGGUAGUGAUUAUAAUCCGACGAAUUACAUGUAAUGAUUCUUUGUCAUGUAAAUAUUUUUUCAUCCUUUCGUUCGUGAUACGUUUCAUUGCAGUUUUCUUUAACUCUUCGUCUGCUGAGUACAAUGUAUAUAGUGGAAGUAAUAAUCAACAAAGGAAAAGAAAUAUGUAAUGUAAUAGUAAUGUUAUUCACUAGAGUGUGAAUUAUUUAUUGUUUCAUCUUGAAAAUGAUAUUUAAAAAUUUAUCGCUCAGAACGUUGUAAAGGAACACAGAGAUAUUUUGUUGUGUAUAUAUAUAUAUAUAACUUAUGUUGUAAAAGUAAUGAAUGAGUAAUCAUUUAUCAAAUAGUGUCUCUAGGUUUGUUUCACUGCUGAAUAGUUUCCAACCUACCCUACCGCGAUAUAAAACAAUCCUCAAUUAACAAAUAGAUGUUACUUCACUUUUAUUAAUUAAUAAUGUUCGUUCAAGAAGUUAAUGUUUACUUCGUGUUCUUUAAAACAAAGAGAAACUCGGCGCCAUGGAUUUAUAGCGUUAAUUCACACAUGGCGCUGUAUGCGGACUGUACUGGAACUAAAAAGUAUCACGAACGAAGGGAAGAAAAUCGUUACCGUGUGAUCAUAAUGGCAGUGAGGUAACAAGCUAGCCAACCAAAACCUUCUCUAUAGCCGUUGUCUGAAAACAUAUUUAAAACUGGUACGAAAAAUUGUAGUGUAAAGUUCAAUCAAAAGUCCAAUAGUAGUUAUAAUAAGAUAUUGACAAAGUGUCACAUUAUCCUAAAAAUGGGGCGUGACAUUAAUUCGUUUCUAAGUACCGAGAUUUCUUGUUGCAUAACUGCAGCACUGUUGAUGACGUAACGUUUACCACAGAGAAUUUAUGGCGCGCUCUCGAACCGUAAUCUUUUCAAUGGCGCCGGGAACCAAGCCAUAAUUGUGAUCAUAUUUGAAUUUACGGGCCUAUUUUCUACCUCCUGGGAAACUAAGCGUAAGUUAGUGGAAAUACGUUUAAUAUGAAUAGGCUUAUAUUGUUAAUUCAUAAUAUUAAAUAUAUUAACAAUGGAAAUAUAUUCAAAAUUAUGCCCUAAUAAUUAGACUAUAACCUUAAACAUUUCAGUUAUUUGUUAUUAAUACUCGUAUUUUCGUUUAGACCUAAAACGGAGUUCUUUAAUAUGGAAGACGCUAGCAGAUGCGUGUACUGAUUCAUAGCAGGAUAUCACGUUAAGAUGAGUCAGUGUGGGAAUUAACAGGUUAUGGAUGGGUUGGAGACGAAAACAGAAUUUUCAUGUACAAGAUAUCGCUAUUCUUUUGUUUAAAUUCUUCUCAAAAUUUCCCAACAAAGUACAAAAUGUUUCACAGUUUCUUAAGAUGGUUCUUCAUAAUGCAUAGGCCUACUUAUAAUUAUAUCCCAUGAGUCUUUCUUUUGAAAUUUUAACUGCCAUUACAAUUCUCAUUUUCGUAAUUGUUCAAUAGCCUCAAUAGUGCUGCAGGUACCAUUAUUGGGAUAGCCGUACAAGGAAUAAUGAAAUUAAGUUUUUUUUUUUUGCAUUUAAUUUUCCCUCUUCUACUAAAUUUUAUACAUAUUAUACAAACUUUG